AAUUUGUAAACAAUCCAGGAUUGAACAACUCAGUAACUUCAAAAUGGCAUCAAACAACAAGGGAGUUUCUUUCGAGACUUUGGCCAAAUUUAAGUCGGAUUUCACGUCGGACAAGAAGAAUCUCUUGGCGCAAAAUGUUUGUGCGAGAUACGACACGUUUGAAGUGUGUUUGGGUCGAAGCGCUGCCAGGGGAAUUCAUCAUGUUUAUAAUUGCAAGGUCAACCCUGAAGUAAAACCAGUAACCAAUCAGAAGUCAUCUGGGAGGUGCUGGAUUUUUGCCCUUCUCAAUGCAGUUCGCCAGCAGUUUGUUCGAAGAAAGAAUAUCGAGAGUUUCGAGUUUAGUCAAACAUUCCUAUUUUUCUGGGACAAAAUCGAGCGAGCCAACUACCUCCUUAACGCUUACGAAGAGGUUGCACGGACGGAUGGCGCAGAUAGUCGUACAAUGAUGUUCCUGAUGACCGACCCAUCAUGUGAUGGUGGCCAGUGGCAUAUGUUGGUGAAUUUGGUUACAAAAUAUGGAUUGGUGCCGAAGUCAGCAUGGCCAGAUGUGCAUAGUGCAACUAGUUCUCGCCGCAUGAAUUCUAUAAUUAACACCAAGAUGAGGUCAUUUGCAAAGCGAAUUGUGGAUUUAGUAAAAGAUGAAGUCAGCGAAGACGAGAUGAAGAAAGCAAAAGAAGAAAUGCUCUCUGAGAUUUAUGGCUUAGUAUCAGUCUGUCUUGGAACACCACCAGACACAUUCCAAUGGGAAUACUAUGAAAAUUCCAAGAAAUACUGUAAGAUUGAUAAGAUUACACCUCUGGAAUUCUAUGAAAAACAUGUCAAGCCUGUUUAUGAUAUGGAAAGUAAGGUUUGUUUAGUGAAUGACCCCAGACCAAACAACGUCUACAAUAAACUGUACAGCGUGAAGUAUCUGGGCAACAUGACAGGACAACAGACGGUCUACCUGAAUCAGCCCGUAGAAGUGUUGAAGUACCUGACUGUUGCUUCUGUCAAGUCGAACGAGGUGGUUUGGUUUGGUUGUGACGUUGGAAAGCAUUUCGAUAGAAAACAAGGACUUUUAAGUUUAGACAUCCACGAAUUUGAGCUGACAUUCAACUUGACCUUGCCGGCGCUGAAUAAGGCUGAUCGACUUUUGUUUGGGGAAUCUCUGAUGACCCACGCGAUGGCCAUCUCUGCUGUUAAAGUUGAGGAACUGGAGAAGAAAGAGCCACGACGAAAGACGAAAUCAACAGAAGAUUCGAAAUCGACGGGAGAUUCGAAAUCGACGGACGAUUCAACAAAAGAAAGCAAAGUUGAACAAAAAGAAGCGAGUGAGCCAAAGGAAAUUGACAAGAAAGUUUCCCUUGUUCCAGUCACGACAACAAAAUGGCGUGUCGAGAAUUCCUGGGGCGAUGAUAAAGGAGACAAAGGCUAUCUCAUGAUGACCGAUGAAUGGUUCUCCGAAUUUGUCUACGAGGUCGUUGUCGACAAAAAGUUUGUGCCGGAGGAGAUUUUGGAUGUGCUGAAACAGGAGCCAAUCGUAUUACCCCCCUGGGAUCCUAUGGGAGCGCUUGCAUGCCGGGAAUGUGGAAAUUAAACAUUUACAAUUACUUUGAAUAAUGAAUAAUGAAACAGUUACUUAAUCUAGAUAAUCAUAUUGCAAUUAUAACGAUUUGUUUAAUUUUAAUAGCGUUUUGAAAAUUGCAUGUGUAGAAUUAUUUCCUGACUAUUUUGUACACUCAAAAUUUUCAUGAUGUUUUCAAACAAGGAAUUCAGGGGUGUUUAGAAAAAGCUGUCGUGGUUUGUGUCAUAACUAUCUGAAAAAGAGAUCUCAAUGUAGUGGUUUUAACAUAUUGUACUUUAUUAAAUGUAAAAUAAUCUAAA